CGUUGUUUUGUUAUUUGAGUCAGCGCUAAUCUACUCCACUGGGGCUUCGUUUUGGUUUUUCAGAAGCACUCCGCGUCAAAAAUCAGUCGUAGUUUUCUUCCUUAAAGUGGAACCUGCCCCAUAUAAAAUGAACGUGCAGCUUCCUGGUUCAGCUCAGCCUGUUUAUCCACCUCAACCGGGUUCGUCUGCUCAGCCUGGAUAUCCACCCCAGUCUGGGUUUGCACCCCAACCUGGUUACCCAUCUCAGCCUGGGUAUCCACCUCAGUCUGGGCACGCACCACCUCAUGUUCCACAGACUGUCCAGCAAGUACAGCAAAGUAGCACUGUGAUCAAUGUUGGUGUCCCUGCUACCCAGACUGUUGUUUUGACGCCCAGUCCUCAUCCUCCAAAUUACUUGUUUCUUUCUGUGUUCACCUGCCUUUGCUGUGUAUGGCCCUUAGGACUGGCUGCUAUAGUGUAUUCUUGCAUGGUGGAUAGUUCAUAUGGUGCCGGAGAUUACGCAGCUUCCGUGAGGAACUCUAACAUUGCUAAGUGGCUCAAUGUUGCCUCUAUCCUUUGUGGAAUUAUCAUAAACAUAAUUAUCGUCGUCUCAGUUUCAGCUUGAAACUAAGCAUCUGUUAUGUGGGCGUGGUUUUUAGUUUAUAAAACAUGAGGAAGAGCAUCGCUGAGCUCAUUUGCCAAAUUGGGUUUUUUUUUUUUAUUGUAGGAUUUUGGUCAUACAAACACUUACUCAGCUGUUCGUCUAACGAACUGUUUAUUAACAUAACUUAGCAUAUUUUUCGAUGAUUUCCAAUCAUAUAGUUUUAGGUCUAUUCCACAAUUUUAAAACCUCAUGGCCAUUAACUAUGAUUUCACAGUUACCUUUUACGAUUAAGGCAUAGUUUUUACAGCUUGUUGUUGAAAAGAGUAAAAUCUUAUUUUCGUCAACUUACAAUGUUAAAGGAUUUAAGAUUUUA